GGUGGGGCGGACGCGGGUCGCAGCGGGGAUUCCCAUUGGGGAGCGGAGCGCGCCGGCUCCCUGCGCGGGGCGGGGCCGCCCGGACACCGACUCCCGCCCUCUCCCCAUGUCAACAAGCGGGGCGCGGGGCGCCUGCGCCGGGGGCUUGCGCGUCCCCCGCUCUCGUGCGCGGCGUUGGUCUCCCGAGCAGGGCCCGGGCUGUGGCCUAGCGGCGGCCGCGCACCGAUCGCGGCGGCCCGCGGGCCCCGCCCGCCGGGGAGGAUGAUGGCCGAGGACUCGCCCAAGCGGCGCAAGGCCAAUUUCAACGAGGCGGAGACCGAGGUGCUGAUCGAGCAGGUGCUGAAGCACGAGCAGCUGCUGUUCGCGGCGGGGCCGGGCCGCGCCUCCCCGGGCCAGAAGCGGCGGGUCUGGGAGCUGAUCCGGCACAAGGUGAACCCGGUGGCCGCCUGCCCCCGCGACGUGGAGGAUCUCAAGAAGCGCUGGAGGGACCUGAAGCGGCGCGACCGCAGCAAGCUCUGCCGCCUCUCGCAGGGCUGCGGCCCCGCCGGCCACCCCGGCGGGCUCGGCCUGCUGCUG